AUGCGCUUGCCACCCGGGCUUACUUGCCAGAACGGUGGCAACGCCCCUGGAUGCCAGUCUUGGCACUCCCCCACGCCGGCACCUGAACCGUCAUACUUCGGGACAGCCGCUCAGCGUGGUCAUAAUUGCGACUCCUCUUCAGAAGCCGGGCGCUCUUCCCAGGCUUCUGGAGUUGGCGAUCAAAGUCAGCAGUGCUCGGACCUUCAUCCAGCAGGGCUCCUCGGAUUUUGCAGCGGCAGUUUUGGGCAUCCCCAUCUCUGCAGCAGGCCAUGCGUGCACAUUGCGAAGGGAGGCACAUGCCCAUCUGGUGCGCAAUGUACUUACUGCCACUUACCCCACUCCGGUCUCUACAAGCCAGACAGGCACGUUCGACGAGUGCUGAGCAUCGCCGACAACCAAGAGCUUCUUGCGACCUUCCUGCCGUUCGUCAUAAAGAAGGCGAGGCGCGAAGGCCUUCUCCCGAAGGUCAGUCAAUUGAUCGAACUCUUGAAGGCAGAAGUGAGGGAACCGCCAAGAGAGCCCAUUGACCUUGGCAGCUUCCGGCCAAUGAAGAUCACAUUCAUGCAUUUGGUCGACCUAAGCAUGCGCCGCCUGCCUGACCAUAUCAUGGUCGAAGUGCACCGACUGAAGUCACAAAUGCCACCGCCACAGCUCGUUUCUUCCGCUCGGGGAUGGUCAGUGGCGCUGUAA